AUGGCACUAGACCGAGAGACCGAGGAGCUUCUGAGCACCAUUUUGUCCCUGGAGCAGGACUACUGCACGGGCCCAGUCCAGUUGCCGUCGUGGGCGCUUGAUGACGGCUUUUUCCGCCUUAACGCUCUCCCGGGCCCGGACGGCGCUGCUGCCGAGACACGCCUCCGCCAGCGGGACGAGAAGAAGGAAAACGCGCCCCGGCCGCCGAGCGCAGCCCCGGCGGCGCGGAGUGGGCACCCGGGAGCCGCCGGGAAUUCCCCCGUGGAGCUGGCGAAGGGGAAGAGGAGGAAGACCCUCUUCACCAAAGAGCAGACGGACGUCCUGAAAAGAAGCUUCGAGGCCGAUCCCUAUCCCGACUACAAGAAGCGCACCCGGCUCUCCGAGCUCACCGGCAUCCAGGAGUCCAGAAUCCAGGUGUGGUUCCAGAACCGCAGGGCUCGUCAUUUACCUCGUAUCAGACAGAGAAACUGGCCGUAUUGGAUCCCGGGCCGAACCAUGCCCGUCCCCUUCGCCCACAUCCAGAACUUCUAUCCCCAGCCUGCUGCAGGAUGUUCAGCCGCGACACAGUGCCCCCUACCGGGCGGGGGCGCAGCGUGGACGGUCCAUCGAGAGGGGAUCAUUUGGGUUCUGGAGCUGAGAGAGACGAACCGGACCGGCAGCAUGGCACUAGACCGAGAGACCGAGGAGCUUCUGAGCACCAUUUUGUCCCUGGAGCAGGACUACUGCACGGGCCCAGUCCAGUUGCCGUCGUGGGCGCUUGAUGACGGCUUUUUCCGCCUUAACGCUCUCCCGGGCCCGGACGGCGCUGCUGCCGAGACACGCCUCCGCCAGCGGGACGAGAAGAAGGAAAACGCGCCCCGGCCGCCGAGCGCAGCCCCGGCGGCGCGGAGUGGGCACCCGGGAGCCGCCGGGAAUUCCCCCGUGGAGCUGGCGAAGGGGAAGAGGAGGAAGACCCUCUUCACCAAAGAGCAGACGGACGUCCUGAAAAGAAGCUUCGAGGCCGAUCCCUAUCCCGACUACAAGAAGCGCACCCGGCUCUCCGAGCUCACCGGCAUCCAGGAGUCCAGAAUCCAGGUGUGGUUCCAGAACCGCAGGGCUCGUCAUUUACCUCGUAUCAGACAGAGAAACUGGCCGUAUUGGAUCCCGGGCCGAACCAUGCCCGUCCCCUUCGCCCACAUCCAGAACUUCUAUCCCCAGCCUGCUGCAGGAUGUUCAGCCGCGACACAGUGCCCCCUACCGGGCGGGGGCGCAGCGUGGUAGCCCUAAUCUCCGUCCCAGCUACCCGAAAGACUGACACGCGUUACCCGUGGGGCUUAACAGAGACUUCGGGAGCCUCAUAGAGAAAGAUGGACACCGAGUAGACUGAUUUUCUCGCUACAUUUCUAACCAAAUUUCAAACAAAGCAGCAAAAUACCACCACCAACAAAUACGGAUUAUUUACUUGGAACUGGGCAUUCCUCAAAUGACACGACGUCAUGAUUCUUUUAAAUGAACAGAGUUGAUUGAGUUUUAAUUUAUGAACCUUAAUUACUGCCCAGCACAUCCUGCUUGCAUUUAAGCUCUGAUUUGUACAAGAAUACGGAUGUGUUUUCAGUUCCGAAAAUAACAGACACCACCGCCCGUGCAGACAGACGGACCCUGUGACAUUGUAUUUGAAAUAAUGGACUUUUUCCGAAGGAGAACCGAAACACGGAACACAGGACGCGCAUGGAUACUACAGGGGAGCGUAUUUUUACACAGAGAGUUGUGGGAGUCUGGAACAAGCUACCCGACGGCAUUGCCGGACACCCUUCUUUCUAGGACUCGUGAAAGAGAUUUUUGGAAUAAUUAGCCGCUAGCAACCCAAAAACC